UUUGGAAGCAUGUUCCUGAACAAAGAACUUCUCUUGAGGAGUUAAAAUCUGAUUUAAAUACUUUAUAUUAUUCAUUUAUUAUUCAAAAAUCACCUUUAGGAAAAUCAUCAUUCAAAUCACUUGAAUCAAUUAAAAAUCCUCAAUGGAAUGUA